CUGAAGUCGCGGCCACUCCACUCCAUGUUUUGCCCUGCCCUGGUUUGCGCUCUGCCCACUGUGCGUGUCUCAUUUCCACGUCGCCCCACUCACACUGACACAUCGGCGACGGCACAAGUUGGCAUCGCUGGGCUGCCACUAUUUUUUCCCAAUCGGAACUAACGGGUGCCUCUUUUCGAAGAUGACAAGGAGGGGGACGUGUGUCAAGUGACGAGUGAUUCCUUGCUUUUGAAUGCAGCUCAUGAUUGGAGACCCUUCUACACAACAUCCUUUCUAGAUUUUCUUUUCUAUCCUGGUGAAUUAUUUUCCGCUCUGAGAGACAGCAUCAAGAAUUCCACACUGGUGUUUGCGAUGUGGAGACUGCAAGGGAUUGUGUGCACUUUGUGGCUGCUGCUGUCCACGGCUGUCGGUGGUGAGAGCAAAGCGCGGAGCUGCAGCGAAGUUAGACAAGCGUAUCACGCCAAAGGAUUCAGCCUUGUCAAUGUACCUCAUCAAGAAAUAUCAGGUGAGCACCUGCAUGUCUGUCCUCAGGGAUACACCUGCUGCACGUCUGACAUGGAAGACAAACUCAACCAGCAGAGCAAACUGGAGUUUGAGAAAUUGGUGGAGGAGAGCAGCCACAACAUGAGGGUGACAUUUGUUUCCAGGCAUAAAAAGUUUGAUGAGUUUUUCUUGGAGCUCCUGGACAAUUCUGAGAGGUCUCUGAACAGCAUGUUCACAAGGACAUUUGGGAAGCUGUACAUGAAGAACUCAGAGGUGUUCCAGGACCUGUUCACCGAGUUAAAGCGCUAUUACACGGGGGGCAACGUCAACCUGGAGGAGAUGCUCAAUGACUUCUGGUCCAGGCUGCUGGAGCGGAUGUUCCAGUUAUUGAACUCCCAGUACCACUUCACAGAUGAUUACCUGGAGUGUGUCAGUAAAUACUCAGAUCAACUCAAGCCCUUUGGAGAUGUGCCCAGGAAACUGAAGGCUCAGGUCACCAGGGCCUUGAUUGCUGCACGGACAUUUGUCCAGGGCCUCAUGGUCGGCCGCGAAGUAGCCAACAGGGUCGCCAAGGUGAACGUUGCUCCAGCAUGUGUCAGAGCCUUGACCAGGAUGCUUUACUGCCCAUACUGCCGCAGCAUGCCUGGGCUCAAGCCCUGCCAGAACUAUUGCCAAAAUGUCAUGAGGGGCUGUUUAGCUAACCAGGCGGACCUCGAUCCUGAAUGGAACGUCUUUAUCGAUGCCAUGCUGCUGGUGGCUGACAGACUGCAGGGACCUUUCAGCAUUGAAGCAGUUAUUGAGCCAAUUGACAUCAAGAUCUCGGAAGCUAUCAUGACUAUGCAGGACAACAGCGUGCAGCUCUCAGCCAAGGUUUUUCAACGCUGUGGGCCACCAAAAGCUUCAGGGACAGGCAGAUCUGCUCGUGGCAUUUCUGAUGUGUUCAGUGCUCGUUUCAGACCUUUCCCUCCUGAAGGAAGGCCAACUACAGCCACGGGUACAAGCCUGGAUAGAUUGAGGGGUGUCUGGAGGACAAUGCAACACAGUGUGAUUGACAUCAAAGAGAAGUUGAAGGUGUCCAAGAGGUUCUGGUCCAAUUUACCGGACGAUGUCUGUGCCGAGGGCAAGCUGACAGAGUCUGACGAGGAACAGUGUUGGAACAGCCACACCAAGGCCAGAUAUUUUCCAGAGGUGGUGAAAGAGGGACUAACCAACCAGGUGAACAACCCAGAGGUGAACCUGGACAUCACUCGGCCCGACACAUUAAUUCGACAGCAAAUAAUGGCUCUGCGAGUGAUGACCAAUAAGCUGAAAAAUGCAUACAACGGAAAUGAUAUCUACUUCCAAGACUCCAGUGACGAGGGCAGCACUUCUGGAAGCGGCAGUGGCUGCUCUGACGGUUGCACUACGGAAGCUGUUCUUGUGGGAUCUGAAGCUCCUGUGAUUGGAGCGGACAGAAGUGAUGAACACACAGCAGCAGCAGGCAAGACGCUCUCCCACAGACCGUCACUACUAUUGAUGGUGACCACCGUCAUAGUGACAUUCAUUGCAAUACAGCCCAGAUGGAGAUAAUACACUCGAGCUGGCUGCUCACUGACUUCUAUACUGCUGCGUACAGUAUGUUCUACAGCUGCUCCCUCACUGGACCUGUAGAAGUUUGUGGAAACAACGCUUUGAGAAAGCACUGACUGACUGUGUGCUAAGACUGAAGAGUGAGAACUGUGGUGCAUCCUAGUCAUCCCCCAAAGCGUGGUUGCUGACAACACUUUCACCUCUUGGAACAAAAAUGGCGGUGUUUCUCAUUGUUUCGGAGUGCAUUUUUUAAACUAUUACUGGUGACAAUUCACCUUGUAACGGUUCAACCAAUGAUUUCCCAGAUCACGGCGGGAUGUGUUUAACUUUCCUUUGUACAACAACUUUGUGACAAUGUUGAGUUUAUCCUGUUUGUCUUUUGAGAGAGAAGAACAAAAGGCUUACUGUGUGCAUGCAAGGAAAUAAAGCUCAAAUAUAUAUAUAUUUUUUUCAAUGCAGUUUUGGAUUUCAAAGUCGGAUUUGAGUUUCUAUUCAGUCAUAUUACUUUGAAUUCCGGCGACAGCUUUCCUUUUACCAUUUUAUACGUGCACAUCUGCUCUCCAAAAUAGACUCACUGCACUUUUUUGCACAGAUACAUUUUGUUAGCUUGCUAUGUUUCAGAACUACAAAAAAUGAAUCUGAAUAUAUCUAUUUUCAGAUCAUUUAAAUGAUGAUCACGCUGUACCUUUUACAACAGUUACGUAUUUCAUUGGCUUGUGCAGCAAUGUAAUGUUAUUGGUUUGGUUAAAGAUUAAUUUCAUGUAUUGUUUGUUUAAGCGCAUUUAUCACCUGAAACAACAAACAGCAGCAAGCCAUUCUAAUAGUCUGGGAUCAUUGUUUCAUUUCCUUCACACAAUGUAUCCCAUUAACUGCCUCUUUUAGAAAGCCGACACAUUUAUUUGCUUAGCCAUCAGGUCACAGCCUCCAAACAUAAAUCAUGUCAGGAGUUACGGCCUUUGCAAGAUAUCUGCAUUCUAAGAAAGCCAGCCAUUAGAAAUGAAUCCAAGUGCAGAGGUUGGAGGAUGGGUUAGUAAUUAAAGCACGAAGGUCACUACAAAGACUCCUGUGUCUGUGUCUUACAUGACUGACCUCUAACGUGACAUAGAUCUCAUGGGUCAGGGACAGAUUCAUGUGCCAAAAUGUCAUUUAUGUGAUAUUUGGCAACAAAAAGCCGACUUCUAGAUAUGUUGCAGGGAUGAUCUAAGGUGGCAAAUCACCAACCAGGACAGUGUGUUUGGAGAUGAAUACCUGAAAAGUCAGUGUCUUUCCUCAGUGGAGACUGUCUCUACAGUAUAGCCCUCCGCUAGCAAAUUAACAGCUGCUGUGAGCAUCUCAAAGAGAUUACACGUUUCAUGUAGCAAGCAUGGAACAUUACUCCUCUCUUUAUGCUGCACACCAGAGAGGAAAAGCACUUUCCCUCACAGCCGUUGUCCUUAAAAAGUUCUUAAACACAAACGACAAGCGCAACAGCAAUGUGGUGCUCCUGUUGUCCUAUCCAAUGAGUCAAUAUUUGAGUGGCUAUCCAUAGGGACAACAUUUGCAGCUGAUUAAAAGUAUUUCUGUUGGACCAUAUGGCUUACCAGAGAGAGCUCAACAAAAAAAGCUUGCACUGCAGACAGACAGAGAAGCAAAUGAAUUCUGUCGCCUCACUCUCUGCAGAAAGUGUGUUAGCAGGAGGUGACCAGCAGCUUCCCAGCAAACUCACCAUGGUGCAAUUGAAUCAGUGACAAGACCCCCCAGGGUGAAACAGUCCAAUAGUGUGAGCCAUACAGGAAUGGAUGAGCAGAACAUUGCAUGGCUGGGGACAUAAUGCGCAAAUUGUUGAGAAAUGUACAGGUGGUCCUCAAGUUGUCGAAUUUUAGUCGUAAGGGAGGCGGAAGUCGAAGCUGCAGGAGAAGCGUUGAUUCUGGUCUUCACGAGCAACCUUUCCAUCUCCAUAUUCUGAGCAUACGCUGCUUAGCUAUUACUGUCUCUUUCAGAUUGACCACCUCCUCGUCAUCCUUACAACGUCUGGGUAGAAAUUACAAUACGAUUUUUAUCUUUAAUGAUGGUCGCAACAGUCGAAUGUUGAAACCAAAAGUGCGGCCAAUAUUGGUGGGUGUUUCCCUCUCUCUGAGAUAUUUAUGGUGUUCAUUUUUACUUCCAUGGUGAUGGCUUUACUUUUCUUCAGCGCACUGCGUGCUUUACGCUUUGGAGACAUAACGAAGUGCGGAAGUUAAGUAAUAAACAAUGUUGUCUUUCCUCAGUGUUGCUGCACAUAGUGUAAUCUUACGCCACAUGUGCUAUAGAGUAACUACUCGAGUGAGUCUUGUGUUUAAGGACCAAAAUUAUGUUUUUAAUUGAGUCAUGGGAGCAUCUUUGUAACCACGGAACAUCGGAAACCGAGGACCACCUGUAUAAUCCUUAAUUAGACAUCGCUUAAUUCUUUUCUGCCUUUGGCAUUUUAGUUCAGUGACAGCACAUGUCAGUUUUCAUACACAUUUGUCAAGUAAACCGCAAUAUCUAGUUUAAGUUAAUCAACUAUGAAAAAGAGUAAAAAUACAGCGCAGGGGUGUGACUUUGAUUUAAUCAUUUAGUAAUGUAAUCAAAUCUGGCCUCAGAUGAUUUCAGCUUUACUGCAUUAACAGCUGUGCGUGUGAGCAUCUGUGGUUGUGCAAAGGUUGACUGCGCUACUAAGAGCCCAGGCAAGAUAUGUGUCUGCAAAAGCAGUUCUGGCUGAAUGAGAAUAAGAUAGGUCUUUACUGUUGUCCCUGAAAUACAGUGAAGCAAAUACACAGACACUUUCUCAAGCUGGUCCAAUUUCUCCAAAGAGCUUGCAUCGGUAAACAACACUCUCAUUAUGUUGAGAAGGAUGUUUGCCCUUUUCCUUUGCCUUGUGUGUUCUCCCCUGACAAGCUAUCAGACCAUGGUCACACAUACAGUAUCAGUGUCGGAGAUGCUUCAGUGCUUAACUUAAUUUGUUGUGAGGCUUUUUUCUCCUUUAGUCUCUUUGGCAUUUGAAAAGUGAAAAAAAGAAAAAUGUACCACCCGUGAUUGAGGUUUGUAGGUUUUUUACAGAAUGUUUCAAGUUAAAUGUGUUAUGCAAGGUUCUCUUCAUUUUGAUGUAAACCGUUGAACGCACUUUUGCUUAAACACAUGCUGUGAGCGUGGUACUGUUGUCAUUUGCAAAAUCAGAUGACCAAGGAGCAGAUGAUGAUUUUCACAGCCGUCAACUGACGCUGUUUUAAAUGUUUUGGAACUGAAGUUGUUGAUACAAGCGGACAUGCCUUACCAUUUUUUAAAAGAAUUGAAUGGAUAGCUCAUUGGCUUUUGUUACAGAA